AAAGGGGGUCCACGCGACCCGCAAAUGCAUACCAAAACAAAUGGGCGGAGCGAAUAUGUAGUUCGAAUGCAAUCCGAAUGAGGGUGCGAAAGCAGACGACGACAAACAUCAUCAUCGCCUGUUCCGGUUCCGGAAAGUUGCAGAAAGUACAAUGAGCUAAAAGAAAGGUCGUCAUGGAGAUGGAUCGCCCAGGAAAGGCAUCACCACCGUUCAACCUUUUUAACUACUAAACAAACCCAGAAGACAUGGAGAACUUGAUGCCAUCUGAGGUGGCCCGACUUGUUCUGGGCUACCUAAAGUCAAGUGGAUGCCACGCUUCCUGGGAGACCUUCCUCAAGGAAAGCCCGGACCUGAAAGAAUAUGCGGAAUGUGUACGAAGGGGUCGAGAGUAUCCGACUAACAUUGCCGGAAGAAAUUUAUUGCAGUUCCUGGAUGCUGGUCACCAGGUACUUCAAUGCCAAGGCGGAGAACAUGGCAAUUCUUCCGUGGAGCUGGUGUCCAACCUGGAAAGGGUGGUGAAUCAGCUGAAAGGCGUCCUCUCUCAGAUACAGCCCUCUCAGACCGAAAGUCAGGGAAGGUCCGGUGAUGCAUCCUCGUACGUGCUCAACCAGAGCCACGGCACACCUAACGGAGGCGCAGGGCCCACAAACUAUUCCCGACCAGACAGGACCGCGGAAGGAUCGUUACGGACGACACCGAAUCAAUCUGCACCUUCAGCCCCACCAUCCUCACGGGCACGCUCCUUUCACCCUAACGGAGACACGGCGACGUACCACCUCCAGGCGAUCGUUCCGCCUCUGCACUUCCUCCCGACGUCCACUCCGCUGGACAAAUAUCCGGAAAAGGCGCGGCUGAAGGACAGCAUCCCUCUGGACCCGCCGGAAAAGGAUCUCAGUGGCACCUCAGUUCGCAACCCGGCAUUGGACCACUCUUCGCCGAUGAAAACCCAACUGUCCGAGAUAUUUCCGUUCGGCAGGCUGUCGGACAUCGGCUGCGGGCCGGCGUACGGAGAGAGCAGUUACUACGCCUUCAUGAAUCCCCUGCCGUGCGGCGCGACGUUGAGGCGGUACGUCACUAACGAGGAGCCCGUCCGAGACACCGGAAUGGAUUUGCGGAGGAAGCCCAAAGACGGUUGUGCGGCCGACCAGCAAGCCGAAUCCGCAGACCGAACGACGCAGGCGUACGACACGAGCUAUCUGCCGCGGAUGAGCAUUCCUCCCGUGCAUCCGCUGUGGAGAGAGGACGAAGUGAACAGCCACGAGCCGGAAUCGAGAAAGGAGGACGUUACGGAAAAGGAGGUGUCACCGGUGAGCCAAGGGUUUGAGGUUGAGACGGGGACAACGGUGAGCGAGGAAAUCGAUGUAGACGGGACCUCGCGUGAUCCGUCACCCAUGGUCGUGAUGACGAGUGAAGCUGCGGAAACGCCACCGACGUCCACGCAGAGUUUGAUGACGACAGCAUCAAUGUCCGCGGCGGUGACGUCGGAACAUCCAGCGUCAGUUUCAUCAAAUCACGAGUCGCAUCAGGAGCGGAGUCCUGCACCAGAACGCAACGACAGCAUGACUGCACCAACGCCAGCGUCGCUGAUCGGGGACGCAGAUGUGGAAACGCCGGCAGGAACGGAACCUCCUCCUCUUCCCACCAGGGUGCCCAGCGAGACAUCGCCCCGUUGCUUCCUCUCCAACGAGCGCUCCCUAGCACCAUCCCUUACGACCCCGAUCAAGGAAACGCGCUUUUCGCCCAGCCGAUUUUACUCCCCACGGAGGAAGAGUCUGAUUCCGAGACGACGUCUCUUAACCGGGAACUCCCCAGCAGCUAAGCAGGGCGAAGAUCCGGGCAGUGCCAACGCGUCCGAGGAGCAUCGAGAAGUCGGCACUGUCCUGGAAGAACUGCUCAGCAACUUUCCUUUCCUGGAGAAGCUAGCCGACAACAUAAAUCGUGUGGUUAGCACAGAGCCGGCUACACACGGCGAAGAGCGUAUGCUAGGACCGAUACCCGAAGAGCAAGUCUCGCCCGAGAAACUGGCCUCUACCUCAUCUAACUCCCAAGACCUCAACCUCAACUUACCCGAGUCUGUCGUCAAGGACAUCAUGAGCAGGACAGAAAGUGACCCCGCCUUCGAGGAACUUGUCGCGCAGAUGUGUGACAAAAUCGACACAACACCCGGUAUAGAUGCGGUGCUGGUAACGCCAAAAAGCAAGCACCUAUGUCGCACCCCAUCCUCACGUCAGAAGCAAGGAACCCCUUUCAAGAGUCCCCUCACGACCCCUCUUCGACCCCCCCUGGCGACGGACACGCCCUCACGACACCGAAGGAGCCCGUACGUCACCUCACCCUUCGACACCUCCCCGUGCUCGUCCGGAAUAUUUCAGAGGACAAGAUCGCGCGCCUCGCCGCGUUCCCUGGACUUUCAAAGCCCCGUAGCUCCGCAAUCUCCUCGUGCACAGCGAAAGGGACAAUCUAAUCCGCCGUCCGUUUCAAUGCUGGACAGCUUGACGAAUGCGGACUCACAUUCAAACGCGUCGUCGCUUGAGUCAUCACAGCCGGAGGUGCCCUCGAAGUCACGGUCAAACGGAGAGCCAAAUUCAAGCCCCAGGACCGACCGGUCAUCCGGUGCGUCGUCGGGGAAUGAUGCUCUCUCCAGUCCUUCUCGAAAUACCCGUCUGUCAAACGGCGCGGCACAUAACAAGCAGGUUCAAAACCCAUUACAAGGUCAGGAGCCGCAGCUCAAAUCCCCGACUCCGACUCCACCGUCGAGUAGAGCACGAAAUGCACCAUCCGAAGCAGGAGCUGAGCUGGAUUCAUUUACUAAUCCACCGUCAAACAGGUCUCGUAAUACGCCAUCCCACGUCCCAGCUGAGCUGGCUACGUUCCCUAAUCCACCAUCGAUUGCAACUGUGGCAGACGUACUGCCAAAUCGAAACUCCGAUUCGGACGAAAGGGGCCAGUCCGAGCCAUAUUCGAGCCAACCUUCGACAGUGCCACCACAGUGUAAUCCUCCUUCAAGUCCACCAUCCAGCGAAUCUUCUUCAAACGCGCAACACAGUUGUGAAGCUUCCGUUAAUCCGUCAUCGGAUAUCGUCCCCAGCCCUGCUCGGAUUGUGCCACCACCUCAUUGCUCAGAACAUGUGCAGAGCCAGUCCAAAGGUUUAGCCCCUCUGCAGCAUCAGCAUCCAGUCCCAUCACCCUUGCCAGUAAAUGCCUCCGUGAUUCAGAUCACAGCUCCCACACAACAGGUUCCCUCCCCGUCGGUAAAUCCGAAGAAGUCCCCAGUCAAAAUCAUCUCGAGGACUACAGAAGGCGGAAACACCGUUACCUGCAUCGCGAUUCCGGAUCCAACUCCGGAGAAGCGGGGCGCGUCGCUCUGCAACUCCUUGGCGGAUCUCGUAGACAUGGUGCUGACCCCGAAGAGCAAGGCACAGUUGGAAGCCGGGGCGGGAGAAUCGAAUGGCCCAGCGGUGCAGCACUCUGCGGUGUUGAUCACGGAGAAUGGAACGCAAGUGAUGUACUGCGCGGGCGAUACCGUCACGACCCAGCUACAGUCGGGAGCGGGACCUCCGAUGCUGGUUUAUCCCAGCGGGACGGUGGUCUUGGGAAUGAACCCCGGGUGCAGUCCAGCAAAAGUGGCGAUGCCCCAAGUGGCCGUUAUCACGGACAUGUCAGUCGGACAAGGACACACCGGCUUAUUACCGGCGCAAACAAGGCAGUUACCACUCCUGCAACCCAAGGGUCCACUGCCACCGAAACCUCAGUUCACACUCUCUCACGCUACACAGCCCAGGAGACCUACACCAAGUGCAGUGCAGGCAGAUCGCGUCAAGAAAUCGAAACGCCAACGAAACGCGUCGUCGUCGUCUGCUCUAUCGUCGUCGACCAGUCGCGUGUCAAACGGUGUCCCCCAGCCAUCAACAUCGGGAAAUCAGCAACGCAAGGAUCGCAGUCCGCAGCUUAAAAAGUUGAUGCAGACCGUGUCUUCUCGACGCAAAAGGUCCGGUGCUCACGUGCGCGCUCUGGAUUUUGGUGCUGACGCGAGCACGUCUGGUGGUCGGCGUGAGGAAGAACACCCGGAAUCGGACGAGCAGUUUGACUUGUCCAGAACUCUCGAGUCCAUCGGAACGUCGCUCACUGGAGUCGUGCAGCGAGUGAUGAGGACGUCCACAAGAGACGGUUCUACGCAGGAACGCGUAAAGGGUGCCGCGGAAGAUCAAAAAAAGAGGAAAGGAGCACCUCUGGAAAAUGGAACAAACCAGAAGAAAAGUCGCUGUGAUGACAGCCUUAAACGGAUGGACGUCAGCAAAUUUCUGGAAGCAAUCCACAAUAUUUCACAUCGUCAAGCAGCUCAUCAGUCUGGGUUGACUCAGCCCAAAUCAUAGCGAAUUUCCAUGUGCCUCUUGUAUAUAUCAGCCCCAUUCUCGCACCAAAA